ACAAGAUGGGGUGAGUUGCAUAAGGUUGAGAAGGCUGUCAAUAGAGGCUGCCUGUGCUCGGGUCCGUGGGCCAGUCGCUCCCUGUAAAGCUGCAUCCUCUCCGCUCUGAUGCACCGCUUCACCUGCCUCGCCGCGCGCCGGGAGCUCCGCGGGCUCGCGACGAGCGCAGUAGUGGUCCGUGCCAGGAAAGGUGGUCUGAGCUGCUGCAAACAGUGGGCCAGCACUCCUGUGCGUCCUUUUAGCACGGAACCAGGCAGGAGACUGUGCAGGCGCAGGUUCGUGUUCACCGGUGAGAAACACAGACUGUUCAGCUCGCGACCUGGAGCUGAAGAGCCGCCGGGGGGCUCCGACCGUCAACCACACAUCUCGGUGGUCGGCAUCCCUGACCCCCUCACAUGGAUCCGGUGUAAAGUCCUAACAUAUCUGACUGAUUUUUACUUUGAGACAGAAAUCAACUCUUUUGAGUUUGACAGAGGAGUGAAGCAGGCUUUGGUGCAUGUCUCCAACAAGAUGUCCAGAGGGAGAUACCAUGAGUUAAAGGGGGUCGUGUCCAAUGAGAUGGUUGAAUAUGUGGAAGAGAGGUGCAGGUCUCUCUCUGACAUUCAGAGGAAGCAGCUCGCCGUUAACAUGGAUGAUAUUAUAUUUGUGCUGCCGGAAGACAUCUCUGUUGUAUUUGAUGAGUUUGGUAGAAAGUUCUGCUUUGUGGUCAUGAGAUUUUGGCUUCUGUCAUCACAUGAAGGCCCUGAUGACCCAGAGGGCUCAAAAAUCUUCAGAGUGGAUCCUAGCGAAGAUGACAGCCCACCGAAGAAAAUUACAACUGCUGUCUAUGAAUUCCAUAGAGAGCUAACAAGAGGAGCCUCUCCUGACUGGACAGUCACAACUGUUUGGCAUUGGCACUGGAAACUAGCUGAGUGAUUUGACUUUGCAAGGCUAUUUGGCACCAGCUUGUUGAAUAUAUGAAGCAAGCAGUUUGAAUUUGGAUCACAUGACAUGGGACCUACAUAAGCAGUGAAGCAUUUCACGGCAGCUGAAGACAUCAGAACUUUGCACAGUGCAUAAUUUAACCUUCUGCGCUCCUUGAAUGCCUUAAACGCUCCUCUCCAGUGAUUUCCAGAAACAUUUAGAUUUAAAAUCACCUUGGGGGAAGUUACUGGAGCAAUACUUUUAAACUGUCUCUCAGUUCUGUGUCUUGCCAAAAAAAAAGUCCAGGUUCAUGCAUAAGCUUUUAAUGGAGUUUUCCCCCUAAACCCACAUCUUUCUGUGGUUGUCAUGACAACAGCCCAGCUGUUGUCACCUCAUCAGUACAGUCACAUGCCAGCAGAUGUUGAGUGAACAAUCUCAAUGGCAAUCGUAGCCUCUUCUAUUUAUGAAGAAUGAAAGGUCACUGGUACCAUUUUUGUUAUCUUUUGUUAAUCAAAUAAAAUAUAACUUCCUCAUGA